AUGGAUCACCACAAUCUACCCUCAGAGAAGACUAGUAGUACCGGCACCUACGAACUGCAGGCUCGCACCGAUACCGACGACGAAUCGAAAUACGGCUUCUGGGGCGAAUUGGAUGAGACUAAGAGUUCGUGUGAGGUAGACUCAUUGUACAACAAGCGAUCGUUUGUGAGCGAAUUAGCCACAUUUUGCUGCUUUUGGUGUGCAUUUUCCGUCCUUAUGUUGGGUGCCUUUGGCCUCUACUUCGCUGUCGACCUUGCCUUCAGCCGUUAUGGGCUAGGCACAGGGAUGGCGGAAUGGGCCAUUCACAGACAUCAGCUCCCACCAAGCACAUCAUAUGGGAUCAAAUUUUGCCUCGAGUCGCCGAACCGCGAAGCACCUAGUGCGCAGGCCUGGCGCUACAUGAGAGCAGCUACUGGUGACUGUUGUGCGAUCGACACCAUCGACUUCAUUCUCGACUCCAAGGAAACGUGGAAGGUUCAGCCGGGUGCUAUUCUGGUCUUGCAAAAUGAGGAGCCAUAUCUCGAUCAGAUCGAGAAGAUGCGGACGCCCACAGUCUCCCGAGAGCAAGUACAGGUUCCUUAG